AUGGCUUCAAAGAAGGUGGUAGGGACUUAUGGAUAUGCUGCCCCAGAGUAUGUCGAAACAGGCCAUCUUUCCAUCCAUAGUGACUUAUGGAGUUUUGGUGUGGUGCUGUAUGAGAUCCUCACUGGGAGGCGUGUCUUAGAAAAACACUGGCCAACAGUAGAGCAGAAGCUUCUUUAUUGGGUUAGACAGUACCCUGCAGAUAGUAAAAAGUUCAGCAUGAUAACAGAUCCACUCCUAAGAGACCAGUAUUCUAUUAAUGCAGCUCGAAAAAUUGCCAAGUUAUUGGCAGAUAGCUGCCUGAACAAGAAUGCAAAAGACCGGCCAACAAUGAAUCAGGUGGUAGAGAUCUUGAAGCAAGCUAUACAAGAUUCACAAAAGGGUACCAACUCUGUAAAUAACAAUUUUGGGGCAUCUGGGUCUAAAUUGGGUAAAAAGAACCCAAAGUUGAGGUGA